CCAGGACAUCGAUGAUCCCCUUGGACUUGGACGUUUCAAUAUCGAGCACGAGGAGGAGAGACAAAGGAGGGGACAGGGCACUGAGGAGCUGCGACGAGAUGAGCAGUGGAAAAGAUUUGUGAGCCAGGUUGCCAGACCUUACAUCAGUGGCCUAAUAGGCCACUUGGAAACCAGGUUCCAAAAUCUGGACCUUAUUGCAGCCUUCAGUGUUUUGGGACCACAGGGAGCUGCACUUAGUGAUGAAGGAAGCAUCCACAAUCUUCAGACCUUGGCAAGGAAGUUGCUUGAUGUUGACGAGACUUUGGUGCUGCAGGAAUGGCGUUCCUUCAAGGAACACUUCAACAUUCAAGGACAAGAACCAAGCUGAGGUGCUGUCUCUUCUGGCCAGUGAAUGCGAUGAAUGGGGACAAAUCUACCCAUUGCUGAGCCACUUGGCAGGAGUUGCUCUGGUCAUUCCAGUCUCCAGCGUCAACUGCGAGAGGGACUUCUCCACAAUGAACAGGGUCAAAUCAGACCUCAGGAACAGACUGCAAGGAGAACACCUUGCUGCCUGCCUGAGAGUCUCCAUAAAUGGACCAAGCCCUGAAGCGUUCAAUUUUGGAAGAGCUAUGGAAAUUUUCUUCAUAAAAGCCAAGAAAAAUUAA